CCUGAGGUGGUCCCGAAUUUUUGAUUUGUUACUUGUCUUUGUGGGUUGCCAAAUUUUAAUUUCGGUUGCAAGCUUUCAUCUGCUAUCUGUUAUUAGUUUCCGGUGCUAUCGUUGAAUGUCGGCUUGCACAAUGCACGUAUAUUUACCGUGUCGAAUUUUAAGCGCCUCUGCUUGCGGGCUGGUGAUCAGGUUCCGGAGCACUGCUGCUAGGGGCUUAGGCCCUUUAUUAACAAAAAAAGGAAGAUUUUUAUAGCAAGCAUUGGGAUAAGCUUAUUAUCCUGUCCCAUGGUCGAAAACAUUCCGGAAACCAACCCAGUCAGCUGAAGACUGGUACCAGAAUUUAUAGCCCUCAUGAAUUGGGCUGCAAGCCAGAAGUUGGUACACCUCAGAGGCUGGCCCUGGAUCAAUAUGUUGAAUUCUGCUUACGUCAAAAUGACCAUCAAAGUCAGAGUGAUGAGAUUGGUCAGAGACCAAUGCGUGGAGUAAAGGUCAAACAAUGGGUGACGGGUCCAAGCAGUAAACUCAGAAUAUUCGGUGUCGGGUAAGCAAUGAAGGUGGAAGAGGUGACACGGUGCCAAAUACAAGAGUGGUACCCAAAGUUCAAGUCGGUCUCCAUCAAGACCAUCAUCCACCAACUUCCUGAAUCUUUUGUUAGCUAUCUCUUACAGGAUUCAGGGCCCUUCCUCCUUCCUACCUCUGUGCUUGGGGAGGAUGCCCUUCCCAAUAGAAUCAGACCUCAAUUUCCUUGUCUCCAAGCUGAAGACUACCACCCAUGGGACGAAGAAGAAGAAGAUGAUGAUAAUGGUGAUGGUCAAUUAAAAGAAAAUCAAGAAUCUACUCCUCCGUCUUUCCCAGAGCUCGAGUUGAAGGUGAAAGAGUCAAUUAAAGCACUUGGUGGAUCUGUGAUUCCUAAGCUCAACUGGAGUGCUCCAAAGGAUGCUGCCUGGAUUAGCACAAGUGGUACUCUCAAAUGCACCUCCUUUAGUGAGGUGGUUCUUCUGCUGAAGUCUUCAGAUAGUGUUGUUCAUGAUCUUUGUCAUGCCUUUGAUUCUUGUGAGGACAAAUUGGAUGAUAAGCCUGCAAAGUUCUACGUUGCCUUGCGGAAAUGGUAUGCCGGUAUGAGGCCAGAAAUGGAGUUUAGGUGCUUCGUUCGUGACAACUCACUUGUGGGGAUCUCGCAGCGAGAUGUGACAGUGUUCUACCCAGCACUCCUUGAGGAGAAAAAGAAGAUUGGGGCCAUAAUAUCUAGGUUUUUUGAAGAUAAUUUAGCCAGAAAAUUUGGGUCUGCAAGCUAUGUCUUUGAUGUUUAUGUGACAAAGGAUGGGCGUGUGAAAGUAUUGGAUUUUAAUCCAUGGGGAGCUUUCACGUUGCCACUUUUGUUCUCUUGGGAUGAAUUGGGAGGAAAUUCUGGGCGGCAGAAAAUUAUUUCUGAUAACACGUUUGAAUUCAGGAUUAUUGAGAGCAAGUGUGGAGUUCGACCUGGGUUGAAGACUGCAGUUCCUUAUGACUACAUUGACACAAGUGCUGGAAGUGGUUGGGACGAGUUUCUGAGAAGAGCUGAUGAUGAAACGACGAAGCAAUGAAACACUUCUCAUGUGGGAACUUAGUGUCCGGUUGUUUAUACUUGGAAAUGUAACGCUGGCUCGAAUCCUUAAUCCAUUACCAAAACUUGGUUCAUGAUGAAGAUUGCAUUCCUGUGUAUGCAUGGACACCCUUCGUGUGCUUUGGGAGCUCAAUUUUGUGCACGUGCUGGGCAAGGGGAUGACCACAGCGCUUGAACUUAGCCUUGUGUGAAGUAUGAAAGGCGCCUGAUUUCUGCGUUACUUGACAUGGGUACAUGGAUUCUCCUCCAGUGCAGAAAUUGGAAAUUUUUGCUGAAUUUUGUAAUAUAAUACUAAGAGAAAGCUUUCGUGGACGAACGAUUAUUAGUCUAUGUGAACCCUUGAUUGUUGAAGGCUUUAGCAGCUGGAUAACUGAUAAAUUAAACAGCACUCUUUCUUAGGAAAUGUCUGUACGCUAAGGAGCUGUUCAUCCGGUCAGCAAUAAUUAAUCGAGACCAUAUCUUUUUAUUUUUA